AUGCAAUCAACUUUGACACUGUCAGAUUUUACAAUAUUGUCUAAUUACAUUUACAUGUCGAUGGAGAGUGCUUUUUGUGUUAAUUGUUUCGGCGCAGAACAGUUUGGUUUAUAUUUUACCAAAUUGGUGUUGGAAUUUGCUAUGGUGUGCACAUACCGGUGGAAUGGCCUACUUCCAAACAUCAACCCCUAAAGAGACUACCAAGGUGAACUCCGAUGAGGCGUCUUCCCUUGCAAGACAGCUGAGUCAGAGAUCAUGGGUUGAGAAGACAUUUUUGAAGAGAACUUGUGUGAAGUUCAUCAAGAGUCCCAGAGAUGCAACGAAGUGUUGUUGUGGCCGGAAUGAAGUAUGGCACCAUAAACCCCCUGAUAGCAAUGGGGUGAAGGACGAGAGAUGGCAUCCAUUGAAGCACACGGAAGUCAAACCAACUGAUGCUUAUGGAACAAUUGAGUUUCAAGGAGCUCCACACCCUAGCAAGGCCCAGUACGUGCGGCUGAGUAGUUUUGACACGCGUCCAGAACAGGUUCUUCAUUUGCUGCAGAAACACUGGGGCCUUGACCUUCCCAAACUACUGAUCACAGUUCACGGUGGAAUACUCAACUUUGACCUCCAGCCCAAGUUGAAGCGGGUGUUCCGCAAAGGCUUGUUGAAGGCUGCCAAGACCACUGGAGCAUGGAUCAUAACCGGAGGCACUAAUACAGGUGUAACGAGACACGUAGGCGAUGCCAUCAGUGACCGCACGACAAAAACGAAGAAUAAAGUGGUCGCCAUCGGCAUCGCUCCGUGGGGUAUCGUCGAGAACAGGGAAAACCUGGUGGGCAGAGAUGUUGUUGUUCCGUAUCACUGUGUUUCAUCGCCGAAGACUGCUUCCGCCGUACUCAACAGCAAUCAUUCCUACUUCCUCUUGUCAGACAAUGGAACUCUGGGAAAAUAUGGAGGAGAAAUUCUUUUUCGGAAAAAGCUGGAAAAAUUCAUAGCACACCAAAAAAUAUGUAUAACCAGUGGGUUCAUGGGUCGAGGUGUGCCGGUCAUCUGCGUUGUGCUGGAAGGUGGCGCCAACACAAUUCGCUCGGUACUGGAGUACGUGACGGACACACCGCCGGUACCAGUGGUGGUGUGCGACGGUAGUGGCAGGGCGGCCGAUCUCUUGGCCUUCACACACAAGUAUUCAAUCGAUGAUGGGACGAUGCCCGAGAGUUUGCGAGACCAGCUGAUCUUGACGAUCGAGAAGACGUUCCAGUACACUCAGGAGCAGGCAGAGAAACUCUUCAUUGAACUGAUGCUGUGUGUGAAGAAGAAGGAACUCAUCACAGUGUUCCGAAUGAGCGAGGGAUCUCAGGAUAUUGAUCUCGCAAUUCUAACCGCUCUCCUCAAAGGCACAAAUGCCAGUGCUCCGGAUCAGUUGAGUCUUGCCUUGACGUGGGACAGAGUAGACAUAGCACGGAGUCACAUCUUUGUCUAUGGGCAGGAGUGGCCGGAAGGCUCCCUGGAGCAAGCGAUGAUGGACGCGCUGAUCAAUGACAGAGUGGACUUUGUCAAGCUUCUUCUUGAGAACGGAGUCAGCAUGCACACGUUCCUUACCAUCGCACGCCUCGAGGAGCUUUACAACACGAGACGAGGGCCGACAAAUACACUCCGAUAUCUUGUGAGAGAUGUUAGAAAGCACGUGCCGUCCCGCUACAGCUAUACACUGCCCGACGUGGGCCUGGUUGUACAGCAUCUGAUGGCGGGGGCAUUCCGGUCGUCCUACUGCCGCAAGAGGUUCCGCCAAAAAUACCACGCCAUCAAAAACCAUCUUCCUGAACAAGAGGGUGCGUCGGUGGGCAACAUCGUGACAUCGAUACCGCACCUGCUGAAUGUGAAGCCGGUUGAGGAGCUGUUCCCGUAUCCCUUCCACGACCUCAUGAUCUGGUCCGUGCUCUUGAAGCGCCAGAAGAUGGCGCUCUUCAUGUGGCAGCAUGGGGAAGAGGCCAUGGCCAAGGCUCUGAUGGCGUGCAAGCUGUACAAGGCAAUGGCACAUGAAGCGGAUCAAGACGACCUUGAAAUAGAGCUGUCUGACGAGUUCAGAUCUUACGCCAGAGAGUUCCAGGUGUUGGCGCUGGAGCUGCUGGAACACUGCUACAAGAUCGACGAUGACUACACACAGCAGCUGUUGACGUACGAGCUGAAGAACUUCAGCAAGCAGACGUGUCUCUGUUUGGCCGUGGCGGCCAACCACCGUGAGUUCAUCGCACACAUCUGCUGCCAGAUCCUCCUCAACGACUUGUGGAUCGGAGGACUGCGCAUGAGGAAAAACACAAGUUUAAAGGUGAUUAUGGGUAUUCUGCUGCCUCUCUACAUCCUGGCACUGGAGUUCAAGAGCAAGGAGGAGCUGCAGCUGAUGCCUCAGACAAUGGAGGAGCACCUGGAGGAGUUGGAGGACGACGUGAGUGAAGACAAUGUCUCACUUGGCGAGUUGAAUGAAGACCAGGUGAUUGAAAAUGAUUUUGGUGACGACCUUGAGACGAGUUUCAACUCCACUAUGCAAACAGCAACGAAGGAGAACGGCACAUUACCUGUCGAUGUGAGCAUCCACUCGAACCUCCCGUUCAAGAAGAAGAAGAGUCCUCUCAGGCUUGGCAAGAAGGUGUACGAAUUCUACAAUGCACCCAUCACCAAAUUCUGGGCCCACACGAUGGCUUACUUAUCCUUCCUUAUGUUCUUUGCGUACUGCCUCCUGGCAGAGUUCAAAACUAAACCUCACUGGCAGGAGUACUACGUUAUUGUUUACAUUUUCACUCUAGCUACGGAAAAGAUUCGACAGAUUCUUGCCUCGGAGCCGGACAAGAUCUCUCUGAAGCUGCAGGUGUUUAUUGGAGAACUGUGGAACAUCUGGGACACGCUGGCCAUCUCUCUGUUUGCCAUCGGUGUUGGACUGAGGCUCCACCUGACGACCGUUGAGGCCGGACGUAUUGUGUACACCGUCGACAUCGUCUUUUGGUUCAUACGCAUCCUCGAAAUACUCAGCGUCAACAAGUAUUUAGGGCCUUACGUAAAGAUUAUUGGAAAACUGAUAGUUGACAUGGCGUAUUUUAUUAUAAUACUGUUUAUUGUGGUGACAAGUUUCGGCAUUGUGCGGCAGUCUAUCAUCAACAACGGGAAGCAGCUGAAGUGGGCGCUCGUCCUCCGAAAUGUCUGGUUCUACCCCUACUGGAUGAUUUACGGUGAACUGUUUGCUGAAGAAAUUGAUCCGUGUGAGAAUACUAAUGGACUGGAGUGUGUGUACGGUUCCUGGAUCGCGCCCGCCCUCAUGUGUUGUUAUCUGUUGGUGGCCAACAUCCUCAUGGUGAAUUUACUUAUCGCCAGAUUCAAUGCAACAUUUAUCCGAAACAAUGCGAACUCUAUGAAGAUCUGGAAGUUUCAGCGUUACCAGCUGAUUCAGGAGUAUGAGAUGCGCCCCAUCCUGCCGCCCCCGCUCAUCAUCGUCAGUCACCUCUACCUAAUCCUCCGCUACAUCAAACGACGGGUCCAGGGAAAGAGGGAUCUCUUCGAUAACGGCUUAAAAUUAUUUUUAUCCCAUGAAGACACAGAAAAACUGCACGACUUUGAGGAAGAGUGUGUAGAAGAUUAUUUCCGCGAAAAAGAAAACAAAUUUCAGUCGAGUUCCGAGGAGAGAAUCCGUAUCAUUAAUGAAAGAGUGGAGAACAUGUCGAUGCGUGUGGACGACAUCAACCAGAAGGAGAACACGAUCAAGCUGUCGCUGCAGACGGUUGACUACCGCCUUGGCCGCCUGGAGGAGAUCGCGAUGCUCACCCAGGAGAGCGUCUACAACAUCCAGAUGCAUCUGUUGCGGCCCGACUCACAGGGACACUUCAGUAUGUCUGGCCAUAGCAACCUGCAGGAAAGCCAUGACUCGUACGACUCUAUGACCAUUGGAGAGGGCCGACAGCAUGCAUCGCAGAGUCGCAGCAUCGACAACAUCAACGACAGCACCGUGCUGCUGCACAGCAUCCCGUCUCCUGUCCUCGUGCACUCGAAGAGACCCGUGGAGCACGAACAGAUCGAGCGGUUCACCAACUACUCGCGCGGUCGCCAGCUCAGCGGAAACAGCUUCUCGUCGGAGCCGCAGUACCAGGACGACAGCCAGUCCGUCGGGGAGGAGGACAAGAGGUUGCCUGCAGAGUCGAACUCGAAUACUUCAGCAUCGUCCACGCCAACAUUGUCGGUGAAGUCGUCGUUGACAUCCACGGAGAGAAAAACACCUCUACUGCUGAGGAGGCAGGGACCCUUGUUGUCUUCCAUCAAAAUCAAGAGAGGAGGCCCUGUCGACAGGUUGAAGACACCCAGUUUUGUUCGUUUCGCAGAUUCUGUUGUGUCGUCAGCAGCUGAUGUGACCGUGAUCCCGGACACAAAUGCAAUAUUCACCGUGGUAAAACUGCCUUCGGAGACGUCAACGUCAACAGUUGGUGUCAAGAAACCUGCCUCUCUGGAUAUAGAAACUCGGCAGCAGCAGCAAUUAGGCACCAGAGAACAUAAGUCUGCAUCCACCCCAAUAUCACCGGAAGUGCUGCCCCUCUCCCCAUCUCACUCGAUUCCAAUCAUUUCAUCAUUCUCAAACACUCCCGUUUCCGACAGCAUCCCGCAAUCGGCCGUCAAAGACUUAUCUUCCAUUCUGGUUCCCUUCCAUGCCGAGUACACAACGAUAAUGGACGAGAUAGACACCUCCUGCGUUGCCGACCGCAGCCCGACGAGAAGCCCCGCGUCAGGCAACAUCUUCUUCUCGGAGAGCUUUCACGGCAAGUCGGAUCCGCUGGAGACGCCCGCGUACCGAAGCGAGAAGCAGCUCCUGAAGCAGGCGGAGGAGGUGGAGCACCGGAAGAUGGAGCGAGUCAUCCGACACCGCCUGCGACAGAUCUCCCUCGAUGACAGCGACAACCUCACCGACAUCGCGAUGGUGGUCGCUGCGGAGCUGGCGUUGACUAGUGCGAGGUCCACCCACGAUGAGGAGGGGGACGGGAGUGAAGAGCUGGAGGAAGACGAAACCACGCCCUUGUUUCCACAGAUUAAAAUAUCCAACUCCUCGCCCGACUGUGAUCAACACACCCAGGCAUAGACAAACAACACAGAUUAUAUUUUAUAGCUGUUAUUUGUAAAUCUCUCCCUUACAUAUCUCUUUCUCUCUGUCUCUCUAUCUGUGUCUUUCUCUCAUCUGUCUCUCAUGGACUAUCGGUAUCUCUCUCUGUCUCUACCUGUUUCUGGUUGUGUAUCGGCCUCCUCUGUCUCUGUCUCUCUCUCUCUCUGUCUCUCGGUCUCCCUUUCAGUCUCUCUCUUCACUUCUCUUCUUUUACCUUCUCCUGACUGUGAUAAAUACAAAUUGUUAGAUAAAUUAUAUUUUAUAGCAGUCAUUUGUCAAUUUCUGCCUUGUGCAGCCCUAUUUAUGUAUUUCUCUGUCUCCUCCUUCGUCUUCUUUCGGUCUAACUUCAUCGAAGUCCCAAGGUGAAAUACACGUACAUGUAUGGGUGUUAUUUUUCCAGUGAUUGCAAUGACAUCAACUUUUGUAUUUAGCUCUACAUUAUGUUCUAACAUUUUGCAAACUAUGCAGGAUCAGUGGAAUGUGUGUGCGUUCAUAUCAGCGCAUGUAACCAAAACCAAAAUUAAUUCAUUUUAAUUCUUAAUUAAUUCAUUCAUGCAUUUUUGUUUUCAAACCAAAUCAGAUUUUGAUAACAGACAUUUAAUCCCAUGAAAUGUUUUUUGUUUUAAUAAUUAUAAAUAUAUGUUUUACUUCAAAAGUUCUUGGAGGUUGUGUGCAUUAAUUCUUGAUUUAUAUUCUUCAUGUGUUAUGCAUGUAAUUCUGUAUAUAAUAUAAAAGGUUUUACCACAUUUCUGUUACCAAAUAUAUCUUUUCUUGUGGGAUUCAGAUGAUUACACUCUAUCAAAAUGUGACACAGUCAGCAAAAAUAUUUAAUGACAUUUUCUGUGAAUGACACUGAACCAUAUCUGUACCUUUUUUUUGCACACUUUGUCACCUAUAUCAAAUUGUUAUCUGUGUAUAUACUGCUCUCUGUUAUCGCUGAAACACUUCAACUGUGAUAAAAAAAAAAAUAUCUCACACAUUUGUCAAUACCAUGUGUGGUCAAACACAAUAUUGAGUUGGCUAAAAGCCAAAGCUUUCAAACCGUAUUGUACAUGUAUGUAUAAGCAUUGCAUAUUUGUUGAUAUAUUUGUGUCAAGAAAUUCCAAUGGUAACCAGAGCUUACAUAAGAUAAUGGGUGCAUCCUAAUCAUUCGAACAAAUAGGAGAAGUUCAUUUUCACUUGAUUUUUCAUACACUCUAGUUAAGAUCAAAACAAGUAGUUCUGGGCCCCGAUUUACAAACCGAUCUUGGAGCUGAGAUCACCGUACAUGCAUUGCUACCAUAUGCACUUAAGGUGACCUCAGUGCUAAGAUUGCUUUGUAAAACUCGGGGCCUGAAUAAACGCCUCAGCUAUCUACACUUGUCUAGACUUGUCUGUCCAGGGUAGUGAGUUGGUGUUUAGUGAGAGAGAAGUUGGUGUAGUGGUCUUUAGUCGUUAAAACUCACUCUGAGCUAAAUGGGAGCUGGUACCAGGAUUAAGGCCGAUGGUGCAAAUGGAAAAGUCACCAUUAGCGCCAAACCUUCAUUUAGGCUUCAUUAGUAUUAAGCAUGUGUAGAGUUGCAGAAACAGGAUGUAGCUCAAUCAAUAGCGUGUCCACCCGUGAAGCGGUCGGUCAUCGGAUCAAUCCUUCUCAGUAGACCCAUUUGCAGUUUGGGCUAUUUUCUGUUACAACCAGUGGUCCACAAUGGGUUCGUCAAAGGCCAUGG